ACUAGCCAUCCAAUCGCUCUCAUUUUCCAUGUGAUCUUUAAAACAGCUGCUCUUGUCACAUACAUGUUCAGCUGGCUGAUUGUAUCCGACUUUAUUCUUACAUUUGUGAUUAUUAUUUUACUGCUGGCGUUUGAUUUCUGGACAGUCAAAAAUGUCACUGGAAGACUAUUGGUAGGUCUCAGAUGGUGGAAUGAGAUCCGUGACGAUGGCACAAAUGAGUGGAUCUUUGAAUCUAGAGAGAAUCGAGCAGUGAAUACGGUAGACUCUCGGAUAUUCUGGAUGGCACUCUAUACUGCACCCAUAUUAUGGGUAUUACUCGCAAUCUUGUCCAUUCUUAAGCUACAGGCAAGCUUUUUUGUCGUGACACUUGUUGCAGUAUCCAUGUCCAUGGCAAAUCUAGUUGGCUAUACGCAAUGCGAAAAGGUAAUUGUUUUAUUUUCCAGAUCCAUGUUACGUUCUAUGAUCAAAACACUACCACUGUACUUGUUGACAGCUAAUCGCGUAUAUACAAUUUAUUAG